GUGAAUGCCUCAAAGGGCAGCUCCCAUGCAGCCUCCUCCCACUGAAAGCUGUUUACGAAGAAAGCUGAGUCCUGCCUGUGACAAUAACAAGUGAGAAAAGCAGUGUGGCUAAUGGCUUCAGCACAGGCUCUCAGUCGUUUUUCCAUCUUAUUUGGAGGGUUUUAAGUUUGUUUUUCUAAUCUAUGCACUGAGCCUUCAAAAUGCUCUCCUCUCUGCACCUUGUUUGCAUGACCAUCUUUUUUGUGGACAGUGUGUUCAGCCAGGAGACAAAAGACUGUGUGACUGCAAAAGGACUGGGAUACAGGGGGAAUCAACAGAGCACCUCCUCGGAUCUGACUUGUAUAAACUGGAUCAACACCACCAGGGACUAUAAUGUGAAAGACCACCCUGAUUCACAAACUGGUGUUGGAGAUCACAAUUACUGUCGAAAUCCAGACUUGGCUGAGGGGCCUUGGUGCUACAUUGCAGGACCAGAUGGAACAACUCAGAGAGGGUUCUGCAAAAUUGAGACAUGCCAAGACCUAGGUACAGCUGUAGCAGUGGAGGCUGGGUCACCUCGCUCCACAGAAACCACUCCAUCCACCAACAGGACGGGCUCCUCUGCCAGAGAGGGGGCUGAGGGGCCGUCUGUUCUGGGAGUCAGCCAAAGAGUGCGGAAAGGCCCCCAAAAGAAGAAAGAUCUGGGCACUACUGGCUAUGUGCUCGGUAUCCUCAUGAUGACUAUCAUAAUUAUCCUUGGUGCAGGCAUCACUGUGGGCUACUUCUACAAAAGGGGUCGAGACCUGAAGAAGCAGCAUGAACAGCGAGCAUAUGAGCGCGAGAUGCAGAGGAUCAGUCUGCCCCUUUCUGCCUUCUCUAACCCCACAUGUGAGCUUGUGGAUGAAAACACUAUAGUUAUUACUGCAGAGCAAGAGGCCACCCCAGUCCAGGAUGCUGUGGAGGGUGGGGAUCCUCUCAUGGGUCCAGCUGGGACCCCAGGAGCGUGAA